AUGUCCACCACUACAACAACAACAACAACACCGCCGCUGCUCUUUAAAGACACGGAACAACUUGUUGCGAAAUGUAUGUCGUUGGGUCUCAUUAUGCGGCGAGGCCCACACGAUGUCACUCACGCCUCCGUAACUCUGCAGCCAAUGCCAAUACCCCGCGCGGAGUACACCGCCUUAUGUGAAGAGCAGCCAUUAUGGAAUGAGGCGGUGGAUAACACCGCACGGAAUUUUGAAUUUCUACGCGAUGCCCUGCGAGAGACCGCAGCGAGUGAUACGGGAUUUACCGGCCGGCUGCUGGAGAUACUGCAGAAAGUCUAUCUUGGCAGUGAACCCUAUCAAUCCAUCAUGUUGGGUGUAUUUCGCACAGACUAUAUGCGGAGUGUCUCGGCAGCGGAGUGGAAGAAUGUGGAGAUCAACACAAUCAGUUGCUCCUUCGCAGGAUUAUCACCACUCGUGACGGAGUUUCAUAAACAUAUCGCGGCUUAUCAAUCUGCUCUGCAAGGUGAAAGUUCUAAUCACCACAAUCCUCAUCAUCAUCAUCAUAAUAAUAACAAUAAGAAGAAGAGUUCUGAAGUGCAUGGGGUGUUGGAGCGGAGUUCAUCUGCGAAGGAAGUACCGGAGGCUAUUGCCGCAGCCGUACAGGUGUGGUCUGAACAACAAAACUUUGAAGCCCUUCGAGCCUCGCAUCUCUCAUCGCAUUCAACAGAAUUAAAGCCACCGAUUGUAUUGGUGGUGGUUCAGGAGAAUGAACGGAAUACCGGUGAUCAAUAUGCUUUAUUGUUUGAAAUUUUGGAAUCCCAUGGUAUUAUCUCUAUGCGGCGAACACUAGAGGAACUUCGCACAAGUAUGGAAUUACAUUCUACUUCCAAUGGAUUACCACUUGCUGUGGUGGAUGGUCAAUUUCCAGUUGCGGUGGCUUACUUUCGCAGUACUUAUAUACCUGCCGAUUUACCAAAUGAGUCUGCAUGGGCUACACGUCUGGCAUUGGAACGCAGCAGUGCGAUUAAAUGCCCAAGUGUACCAUAUCAUCUUCUUACAUUUAAGAAAUUACAACAAUUAUUAUGUGAUGUGGAUAAGGUGCUUAUCCCGAUUGCAUUUAAAGGAGAUGUUAAAAAGGCAGAAUUACUACAGCGACACUUUAUGCCACAAUAUACACUUAACCCAGCGGAAGUGGGAGAGGCGGCUGUAGAAGAAAUUAUUCGUACGGCUCUUCAACGGCCUGGACAGUUUGUUCUCAAACCACAAUUAGAGGGUGGUGGUAAUCUUCUCGCCGGUGAAGAGAUGUGUACAGCAUUGAAGGUUAGUAAAGAGGAGGAUCCUCAUCGGUAUAAUAAGGUACGACGUGAAUAUAUAUUAAUGGCUCAUAUUGAUUAUCCAAUCUCCUCCGGUGCAUUUCUGGUACAUGAAAAACUCGUCCAGUUGGAGCAUAAUAUGUGUUCAGAACUUGGUAUCUACGGUGUUAUCCUCAGUGAUGGCAACAAGAAUAAUAAUAAUAAUAAUAAUAAUAAUAAUAAUAAUAAUAAUAAUAAUAAUAAUAAUAAUAAUAAUAAUAAUACUGGUGUUGUUAUUCUACGCAACUCCAGUGCUGGUUAUAUUGUACGAUCGAAGCCUGCUAAUGUGGAAGAUGGUGGUGUAAUGGCGGGUGUUGCCGCCCUGGACUCGCUGACACUAAUAUGA